CUCGCGGAGACCACGGCGGCAGAGAAAGCCGACCUCCUCUCCCGGGUUAAAGAACUUGAGACAGAGCUCAGUGUCUGGAAGCAAGCACAUACGGCUGCCAGAGAAGCUGCGGAACGCGAUAGUAAGGCGCGGGACGACCAACAGUUCGCGCUCGUAAAGAGGCCAACAUCGAGCACAGGGUCAGGGUCUGACGGCGCAAAUCAACUCGUCCUCUGUAUAAUCGACGGAUCAAGGUCCAUUUUCUCACCGUCGUAUCUUCGACACGGACAAGAAGGCGGACGACGAGCUGGACAUGAACUGAUGACAGGCAUUCGCCAACAUCUUAGGCCUCAGAUCUAUCCCGAACAGCUCUCGAUUUGGAUAUCCAUCUACGUGGACAAGGCAGCGCUAAGGAGCGACAUCAUACUUCAUGAUCUAUGUACACCCGAUCAAUGGGAUGCGUUUUGCAGUGGUUUGAGUGAAGCGUCAGCCAAUCUCGCUGUCGUCGACGUUGCGGGUAAGGCAACGCUCGACGCUAAAAUAAAAGAGUACGUACAGACAUUUGCGACUCUGCCUCAAACUACGCACGUCUUCUUCGGAGGUAUGAACCCACCUAUCAUAUAUCGCGCGUUCAAUCGGCUCACAGGACUGCCUAUAGCGGGAUACAGCGCAGAUACCUUGAGCAUCUUUUUCACUCUCAAUGCUUCCUUGUCCACAAAACUCGUUAUGAUCUACGGUCAACCACCUCCCCCCACUUUGUCCCCCAGAUUACAGGCCAAGUCUUAUUCAUUGCCAUCAGAAAAUCCUCCGCCAUGCAACGAACAUUAUCUACUCGAGAAGUGUUCCAAGGAGGGAAGGUGCAAAUACUCGCACGAAUAUGAACUCAGCGCUGAACACCUCGAGACUUUGGCCAAAAACGCGAAGCAAUCACCAUGCUGGUUCUUAAAUAACGAAAAGCAGUGCCCCUAUGGCAAAGAAUGCUGUUGGGGCCAUGUUUGUCCGUUCGGCGUGAAGUGUUACUUCUCGAGCAAGGACAGGUGUCGUUUCAAAGGCCGUCAGUUUCUUUUCCUCACACUCUUCUCUCAUGUACCCCGAGCUCACCGCUUAUCCAUCAGCUGGGAUGCAUCGACCGAAAGGAGAAACGCCGGAAUCGGAGUAGCCUAA